GCCGCCCGCCCUCAAGAUAAGAUAAAACGCACAGCCCGACGCAGGUAGAUUCUGCACUGACUCGGGAGAGAGAAACGCCGACUCGAGAGAUGGAAAAGGAAACGAGUUUCACGACGGCCGUCGACGCUGCGCCCCUCGAGCCCAGCGAGCGACCGGUGUCGACGGCAGAGGCGACAACUGUGGUUGAACGCAAGACGCAGCAGCGCGUCAGCAAACAGAGCAGACCCUACGUCGCCUUCAAAUUCGUCGAGACCGCGUUCUGCGUGAUUUGCGUGGUGGCCGGAAGGGAGAACUGGCCGGCAAUGCUGAUCAGGGGCAACCUGCACUUGGCGCUGCAGCCGCUGAUCGCCGGCGCCACCUUCCUCGUCUACUGCCCCCUGCUGCUCCUCUCCUACGCCCUCAACAGGCCGCCCAGUCCUCUCCUAAUGGCGUGCAUGUCGGCCCUGGGCAGCGUGUACUUUGUGUUCACGUCGGUGACAGCGGGCGUCUUCUGGACGGACCUGUGCUGGUUGCUCGAGCAGCCCGAGCCGCCGCCCAUCCUGGACCUGGAGCGGCUGCAGCAGCUGCUGGGGGCCGUGGGGGCGGACCCGGACCCCCGACUCGCGGCCGACCGCCUCCUGCUGCACUGCAUGCUGGCCACGCCCACCGCCGCCCUCUUCCUCGCCGACCUCAUGCUCACCCUCAAGUACGCCAUCCUGCGCAAGAACCCCCGGGACGCGCCGACCCUCCCCUCCGCCCCCCUCUUCUGACCCCAAAGACAAUGA